AUGUCAGUACGGCUUUUAACGUCUUCUGCUAAAUUAUCAAGACCAUUUCUUGUUCCGAGAACAGCAGCAAGGGCCGCUGCCCUUGCUGCUCGUGUGACCCAGGCAAGGUUUCACGAUACUCCCCAUAAAUCAACCAUAGUUUCACCCUCAACCUCAACUCCACCUCCAGUAGGACAAGAAAACCAAGUUUCAUUUACUCAACCGCAAGCUGGUGAAGAAGCAGAUCAACCUAGGCAAGUUCUGCCCCAUGCCUACCUCAAAUCAUUCACCAAUAUGGAAUUGGUUGGGUUUUUCACCAUGGGUCUCUGCACAUUGAACAAGGCCGUCUUGACUGCCUGUAUAAAAUUGUUUCCCUAUCUUCCCUUGCCACUAAUAAAGACUCUAAUCUAUAGAAUUUACUGUUCUGGCGAAACACCGGCGGAUAUCAUCAAGACUGCUGCAAGAUUGAACGAACGUGGCAUCAAAAAUGUCAUGAUGUCACUCACCAUAGAAGCUUGUGAAGAUAAUCCCAACAUCGACCCAGACUACAUCAUUGACCAAACCAAUUUGUCAAUAAAUGAAGCACUUGUUCCUCACAUGGUGAAGAUGAUUGAAGAAGCUGGCAGAGACAAGAUCAACGAUAUUCCCCCGGGCUACAUUGCCUUAAAACCCACGGGAUUUGUCAAGAAUGCAGCUCAUGUCUUGGCCAACUACAACAAUGGCGAAGAAGAAGCAUUUGCGCACUUGCUUUCCAAAGCUGAAAGAGCUUGUCAAGCCGUUUACGACGCUAACCAAAAGUUGUCCCACCAGUAUCCCGAAAGAAUUGCCCCAUUUGUGGUUGCCGUUGUCGAUGCUGAAAAAUUUGAUUUACAACCGGGUGUUUACGAAUUGCAACGUCAGUUGUAUCAAAAAUUCAACAAGCUCAACCAACCGGUUAAUGUUGUAGGCACUUUACAAAUGUACCUCACUGACAGUUGCUCCUUGUUAACAUUUGAAGAAAAAUUGGCCAAAUUGAACAACUAUAGGUUGGGGUUGAAGUUGGUUCGUGGUGCCUACAUUCACUCAGAAAAGAAUAGACUGGUUGUCAUUCAUAAGACCAAGGAAGAUACUGAUAACAACUACAACGCUGGUAUCAGUUAUUGUAUUGACUCCAUUUUAGAGCAAAAUUCCAAUGCAAAUGCAAAUGAAUCAACAAUUGGCCACUUGGUUGUUGCAAGUCACAAUGCUGAUUCUCUAAGAUUAGCCUCUUCAAAAGUCUACAACAACACAACCGCUCAAAACAAGAACAAAAACAAUGUUGUAUUGGGCCAGUUGUUGGGUAUGGCUGAUGAUGUAACCUACGACCUCAUCAAGAACCACAAGAUCAACAAUGUUAUCAAAUAUGUUCCAUGGGGCCCACCAUUGGAGACUAAGCAAUAUCUUCUAAGAAGAUUGGAGGAAAACGGUGAUGCUGUGAAAAGCGGCAACGGUUGGCCUUUGGUGAAGGCAACUUUUGCAACUUUAAUGGGUAGAGUUUUUAAAAUCUCAACUUGA